AUGAUGACACUAUUCCAAGAGAGAAUGUCAAACUUUGAGGCACAGUUGCAGAGGAACCCAGGUACUUCAGGCGGAACAGACUCGCUUGCUGCUGACUACAAUGCAUUCAAGAAAUUUGUUCUCGAUGCAUUGAGCUGUUUACAACAGCAGAUGAAGGCGUUGGCACAGGAGCUGGACAAUGUGGAGAUGCGUGGUCGUCGAAAGAUGGUCCUCUUGCAUGGUGUUGCUGAGCAGGCCAAGGAGGACACAGCACAGGUUGUAGCGGAGGUUGUUCGUUCUCAUCUGGAGCUGGCAGACUUCAGUGUCAGUGAGGUGCGCAGAUGCCACAGGAUGGGUAGACCGACCGGUGCAAGUAAACCCAGGCCCAUUCUUUGCAAACUACGAGAUGUGAGUGUAAGAGAUAGCAUUUGGUUUGCUAAGAUGAAGCUGAAAGGCACGGGCAUAACGAUAUCGGAGUUCCUCACUAGAUCUCGUCAUCAACUAUUUAUGUCUGCGCGUGGCAAGUUUGGUGUCAACAACUGCUGGACCAAGCAAGGACACAUCUAUGUUGUUGGUUCGGACGGCUCCAGGCAUCGAGUUGGGACAUUAGAUGACAUCGUUCGGCUCGAGCAGAUCAAGGAGAAGUCGUGUCCCGUUGCGACGAUUCCUUCAUCUUCAUCGUCGCUGUUAACGCCAGUACCGAAGAAAGGAAAACGCGUCGUCGCAAAAAAGAAGUGAUUUAUCUUCUAGGUAACGGCAUCCAAGUAGCUCUAGAUUAACUAAAUUGUUUGUACCCUCAAAUUACUGUCCUAAAUUAAUUUUCUAAACUCAAUGUAUAUUUUUGUCAAACUGCUGUCCUGUCAUUUUAUGUUAUGUCAUUAUGUCCUGUCAUUAUUCGUUCGUUCGGAAACAGUCUUUUACAUUUGCUAACUUUUAAUUUUAUAAUGAAUUAUUUUUUUCUUUUUUUUUAUCUCUGGCUACUUGGAUAUUAUUUAAAUAUUAUUUUAGUGCUCUUUUAUUUUGUUUUUUUUUUUGUGUGUGUUUUUGAAUUGCUUUUAAUAACAAGUUGCAAUGAUGUAAGCACACAACCGGCGGGUGGACUAGUGUUACA